AUGGCGGACACACAAUUUGACAGUGCUUUAGACCUUCUCCGCCGCCUUUCCCCACGAAACACAAAAGAGAAUUUGCUUAACAUCACUACGCUCGUUCCCGACUUGACAGAAGAUCUCCUUGCAUCCGUCGACCAACCACUUGAAGUCCGGCGAUGUCCCCAUUCCAAGCGUGACUACUUGCUCUGUGACUAUAAUCGUGAUGGAGAUAGCUACCGAAGUCCAUGGAGUAACGAAUUCGACCCACCAAUUGAAGAUGGAACGGUGCCGAGUGAGCGAGUGAGGAAGCUAGAGAUUGAAGCCAACAAAUCAUUUGAUAUCUAUCGAGACCUCUAUUAUGAUGGUGGAGUGGGGAGCGUUUACUUUUGGGAUCUUGAUGAUGGGUUUGCUGGUGUGGUGCUGCUGAAGAAAGGAAUCACCCCCGGCUCCAAGAAUUCAGGUGCCUGGGACAGUAUCCACGUUUUUGAAGCUGCUGAGCGUGGAAGAACAUGCCACUAUAAACUUACGAGCACUGUUAUCCUCCACCUAUCUACUGGCUCUGAUACUCUUGGUGAGAUGGACCUGAGCGGCAAUAUGACGAGACAAAUCGAAACCGACCUGGCCGCGAAUGGGGAUGAGAGCCAUGUAGCAAACGUGGGUCGCUUGGUUGAGGACAUGGAAUUUAAGAUGAGGAACUUGUUACAGGAAGUCUAUUUCGGUAAAGCGAAAGAUGUUGUUUCUGAGCUUAGAAGCCUACAACCCCUUUCUGAGACGAAUGAAGAGAAAUCUGCCCACCGAAAUGUGAUCAAUGCAAUGAUGAAAUAG